UAUUGUGUAUAACCGAGAUUGUGGUGUACUUACCUAAUUAAUCUACUAUUUGUUAUACAAGAUAAGAUUGGUGCAUUAUUUGCUGAAUGUUAAUAUGCUAAGAGUGUUUUCUUUUAAUUAACAUCAUAAUACUAAGUCUCAAGUUUCAAAUAAAUUGUGAGUAGCCAAACACUAAGCGGGUUUUUUAUCGUUUAUAAAUGAAUAUUAAAGUAUUUACAUAUAAUCGUAGGAAAAGAGUUGCACAAUCUCACUGGUAAAAAGAAUAUAUAGUUCAGUUAUAAAAAGACAAUUAAGCACAAUGACUAAAAGGAUAGCUGUGGGUCAGAUGACCUCAGUUGCUGACAAGGCAGCCAAUCUGAGUGUUGUGAGUCAGUUAGUUAGAGACGCUGCUAAAGAGGAUGUAAAGAUGAUAUUUUUUCCUGAAGCCUGCGACUUCAUAUGUGAUAACAAACAGGACACAUUAAAGUCUGCUGAAUCAAUUUCAAAUGGCAAAACAGUGCAGUUAUAUAAACAAUUGGCAGUGCAAUAUAAUAUAUGGAUGUCCAUGGGUGGAUUACAUGAAAAGAACGAAUCAGAUCCGAAGAAGCUGUUCAACACGCACAUAAUAAUAAACAACAAAGGGGAGAUAGUCCAAACUUACAGAAAACUGCACCUGUUUGAUGUAGAGAUACCAGAGAAGAAUAUCAGGUUGAAGGAGAGUGACUUUUGCACUCCCGGAGGACACGUGGUCGCGCCCGUAGACACUCCAGUUGGGAAGAUGGGUCUAUCUAUUUGUUAUGACAUGCGCUUCCCAGAACUGAGUACAGCGUUGAGCUUCAUGCGUUCCGAAAUACUGACCUUCCCGUCAGCUUUCACAUACGCUACGGGUUUGGCGCACUGGCAUAUUAUAUUGAGGGCUCGUGCAAUAGAAAACCAAUGCUAUGUGAUAGCGGCGGCUCAAACCGGAAACCACAAUGCUAAAAGGCGCUCCUACGGACAUGCGCUUUGUGUAGACCCCUGGGGCGAAGUCCUGGCCGACUGCGGGGAGUCCGGCCCUUGCUACAAAAUCGCGGAGAUCAAUAGCGACAAACUAGCCGAAGUAAGGAGAAAUAUGCCAGUGUUUCAACAUAGAAGACCAGACGUUUAUUCACUCUACACACUUAGUGUGCGUAAUCAAAUCCUUCAAGAACAUUCUGGGAAAGUACCGGAUCUCCGUGAGGCCCAGCUCACGAAUCAAACUCCAACACCUCCGGGUGAAAUGAACGUUUUUGGACACGUACGAGUGCCAGAGUCUUGCGUUUUCUUUAAGUCACUAUUAAGUUAUGCGUUUGUUAAUCUGAGAUGCGUAAUACCAGGACACGUACUAGUAGCUCCAUUACGUCUGGUCGAGAGAAAUAAAGAUUUAACCCAAGAAGAGGCGGACGACUUCUAUAAAACCAUAAUACUUAUUCAAAAUCUAAUGGAAACAGUGCAUAAGACACACUCCUGCACAGUUACAAUUCAAGAUGGCCCCGAUGCCGGACAAACUGUUAAGCAUUUACACUGUCAUAUAAUGCCGAGAAAAAAGGGGGACUUCAUUGAGAACGAUCUGAUAUAUUUAGAAUUGGCCAAGCACGAUCAGUUAAAGUCCGGGCACCCAUCGAAACCGGCAAGAUCUCUAGAUGAAAUGGAAAAAGAGGCUGCUACGCUUAGGGAAGAGUUGAAUAAAAUGAUACAAAAUAGCUAGCGAAUAAUCUUAUUAAAUAAAUACUCUAUCAUUGUAUAUUUGUAUAGGCAUCACAUAGACUUUCAUUAUGACGGUAUAUGUAUGUAUAUGACCGCUCUCCAAUACAUUUAAUCAAGGUCUCACCGCGUUGCAUCGUCCGCCUUUUGCCCGCCUAAAAUUAGUUUGGUGGUUACAGAGAUUAGUGCAUUCUAGUAAAUCCAUUUUCAUCAUUUAUUUUAUCAUUUUAGUUGACAGCCUAAACUCUAAUUUUCAUCGAUGGGUAUAGCUUAAAAAAUAUGGGGUGUGAAACCCUAUUUAAUAGGGGGGGAAUUUUAAGAGUUACAUAAAUGUAAUUUAUCGAGGAAAUGUAUCGAGAUACUAUUUUCUGAAUAACAAUAUUAGUGCAAGCGGGGGAAUCGCUUUCGGGGGACCGACAUCUUUAGUUAAACUUGGCUGUUUAUAGAUUGCGAAUGGACGAUGUAACUUUGAAGUGACGUUGCUGUACAAUACAAAUAUUUUUAAUGUUUGUUUGCUCUAUUGAAAAACGAUUUUAUCAUUAACUAAUUAUUUGUAAAACCUACUUCAUCAGCAUCAUAUCAACCCAUUACCGGCCCAUUACAGGUAAAAUGCGGAUUGGUGGAGAAAUCAUUAUGGACAACUACUAUCAGGCAUGCAGGUUUCCUCACGAUGUUUUCCUGCGACGUUAAAGCAAGUGAUAUUUGAUUGCAUUGAACGCACAUGAUCUGGUAAAGUUAGAGUUGUGUGCCACGGAAUUCGGCUCCUCGGAAGUGAAGAUGAAGUCCUAACCACUAGCCUCCUAAUCACCGAUUUUUCACUGGUACUAAUAUUAUUAUUUAGAAAAUUUGUACUUAUAUUCCUUAUUAUAUGGAACUGUUAUAUAUUAACCAUCAUACAAUCGACAUAGUUAUGAAACCUAUGAUGUAAUAAAUAAACGAAGAUUUAAAGAUUAA